AUGAGGGAGAAUGCAACUAAAGAGGAAGAAUGUUGUGUUUGCCGCGGGUCGUCAACCAUUUAUAUUCUUCCUUGUCAUCACUCACACUGUCAACAUUGCUUCAAUAUAUUGGAAGGAAAAACUAUCCAGUGUGGAAUUUGCCACUUCACAUAUACGAUUUCUCAAGACAGGCAAGAAGUUUCUGAUGAGGAAGACGGACGAAGCACGUCUCAUGUGUGGAUUAUUACUCAGAACGAGGCUUGUUCUAGAACAGAAGUUUGGUGCUGCAAAUGUGGCACACAAAAUACCAAGUGUCUAAACAGAGGUGCUCGAAGCUUGUCUGAAAGCAGUGCCUUUGAAAAUGGAAAUCAGUCAGAUGCUUACCAAGACAGCGAGGAUGAUCCGGAAAUUUUCAUGUCAACUGUAUCGUCGUUAGAUUUCAACUCCCUCUUAGAAUCUUCCGAGAUGGAAACAACUGCGUCCGACUUUUAUAGCAGUAUUAAUUUGGAUAAAUGCACUGAGCAUGGGUACGCUUUGUCAAAUUAUUGUUUUUCUCAUGAAAUACCGUGUUGUCCUGAUUGUACCACUAUACACCAUAAAGUUUGUGACACACUGGAUAUCCAUAAGGCGGCAACAGAUGUCCCGAGCGAGUCAGAAGUAAACCGUCUUAAGCACAGUCUAUGUUCAUUAACUGACAUUCACCAGGGUAUGAUUUAUGAAAUGGAGAAUAACAUUGCUGAAAUUGAUAAGGAAAGCAAGAAGAUCUGGACAACAUUUGAAGAGUUCAAAGCUGCUGUACAGAACAAAUUGAAAAAACUGGAGGAUAAUGUCAAAGCUCAAAUUCAAGAAACAGAAAGCAAGCAAAAUCACCUACAGACCGAUUUGAAUGAUGUCAAAGAAAGAUGCAAGAGUUUGCAAAAUACUAGAACGCAGUUGGAAGGUUUAACCUUUGGCAAUGCUGAAAGUCUACAACUGUAUUGUAAAGCAAAAGCGAAAAUGGGGGAACAAAAACGAUUUAUCCACACUCAAAGACAAACUAUGUUUAAAUUUAGAGUUAGCAUAACAGAACAUCAGCAUCGAAUCAAUCAUCUUGAACAAAUACCCAACUUAAUUCAAACAAAGGUAGAUAAGGCUAAACUAGAGACAUUAAAGAAAAUGAAAUGUUCAGAGAAGCUGGAAGUCAGACGAUGGACCCGCACAAAACUAUCACACAUUACGGGUAUGUGUUACCUCGAAGAUGUGCUGGUUAUCUGUGACAACAGCAAACAGCGAAUUUUUACUUUGGAUAGUCGACGAGCCUGGUACUGUAUUAAGCUUCAACAUUCCCCUUGGGAUGUGACGCCAAUUGAAGCGCAAAAAAUCGCCGUGUCAACCCCAUCCGGUAUCCAGAUUGUAGACUUAAAAUUCCUUCCAGACAAGAAAUUGGGGUUUCCAUCGUUCUUGCCAACAACUUUCCAAUGUUUUGGGGUGAGCUAUCUCUCAGGAAACUUGUAUAUUGCUAGCAAUUCGCAUAUAUACAUAAUCCGUAUUGAUGGCAGUCAUCUUCGAACUAUCAAAUGCAAAGGUUUUUCUGUGCAGCACGUCUGUGUCAAAAAUGCUGAUUGUAUUUAUUACUCAGACACUAAUUCCAAUCGAGUGUUCUGUGUGAAUUCCGUUGGUGACAUUUUAAAGGUAUUUACAUCUGACUAUAUGGAAGCUCCCAAAGGCCUAGCUAUCGGGCCCAGCACCAAUAUCUUGGUUGUAAACUCCCUUUCAAAAACUGUUCAUCGUUUUACGAUGGAUGGCCAUCUAGUAGAGUCGCUUGAAAUGAAGAGUAAAGAUAUGGACAAUUCUGGACCGGAAGUUAUUUGUUCCAAUAAAGACUCUUGCGCAAUAGCGGCAAAACAGAUUAUCUACAGAUGUCUUUUUGUUUAA